AUGGUCAAGUCAACUCUUAUCCUCGGUGCCAUCGCCGCCUUCGGCACCUACAUCCAGGCCAAGGAGAUCAAGGUCGACGAAAAGAAGGCUGCCAGACUUUAUGACACCGGUGUGAUGCACAACAAGCUCAAGGCCAGCAAGGAGGCUGUUUGGGAGAAGCAAGAAGCUGCUGGUGCCUUCGCCAGUGAGCAGUACCCCACGCUCGGCUACACCAAGUGUGUCCAGGGUGUUGCAGAGGCCAUCAAGGGUGAUCCGCUGAACACCUUCAAGUGUCACAACGCCGACCUCUACUCUUUCCUCAGCCACGCCGACCUCGGCAGCACUGGCGGCAGAGGUUCAUCCUCAUGGGGAUGGACAUCCGACGACGGUCGCGAAUUCGUCGCCAUCGGUCAAUACGAUGGAACUGCCUUCGCAGAGAUCACCAAGAAGGGUCAACUCGUCUACCUCGGUCGUCUUCCUCAAUACUCUUCGCCUUCUCAAUGGCGCGAGAUCCGCAGCUACAAGAACUACGUUAUCAUCGGAUCCGAAGCCGUCGGCCACGGUAUUCAGAUCUUUGACUUCAAGAAGCUUUUGAAGAUUGAUCCUAAGAAGCCUGUUGUCUUUGAUGCGAAGAAGGACCUUACUAGUCACUUCAACGCUUUGUUGCCUGUUGGUCGUGCGCAUAAUGUUGUGGUCAACGAGGAGCUCAAGUACGCCGUUGCCGUCGGCGCUAUGCCACGAAAUGACCCUAUCUGUGCUUCUGGUCUUAACUUCUUCGAUCUCACUGAUCCUUCCAAGCCGAAGUCUCUUGGAUGCGCCAAGGGUGAUGGAUACGUCCAUGAUGCGCAGUGCAUUGUCUACCGUGGACCAGACAAGCGUUACCAAGGUCGCGAUAUCUGCUACGGUUACAACGAGGAUACUCUCACCAUCUACGAUGUUACCAACAAGGCCAACGUCACCAACAUCAUCUCGCGUAUCUCUUACGAGGGUGCUGCAUACACCCACCAAGGCUGGGUCCUUGACACCCAAAACCAAGAGUUCCUCGUCUUGGAUGACGAACUCGACGAGCGCGACGGCACUGGCCCAGGUGGCGACGGCUACCCCGUAACCUUCAUCUGGGACAUCCGCGAUCUCGAAAAGCCCAAGCAAACCGGUCACUUCAAGCACCCCACCAAGUCCAUCGACCACAACCAGUACGUCAAGGACAGCUACAUCUACCAAUCGCACUAUGGCGCUGGUCUUCGUGUUCUUGAUGGUCGUUCAAUUCCUUCUGAUCCUACUGGGGCUGGUGUCUAUGAGGCUGCUUGGUUUGACAUUUACCCUGAGGAUGACAACCUUUCUGGUGGUGGUACCGUGGCUUUUGUUGGAACUUGGUCUUCUUAUGCUUUCUUCAAGUCUGGGUAUAUCUUCAUCAACACCAUUGAGAGAGGUGCUUUCGUUGUCAAGUUGGCGGAGCAGGCUUUCCAGAAGCCGAAGUGCUUCAAUCGUAACUUUACUGGUCGUCAUGAUGGACAUCCUGCUACACAUUCUUUUGUCACUUCACCCGAAAUAGCCACCGCUUUCGUCUAUGACGGAGAUCUAUCGUUCAACCCGAUGACUGACGCUGUUCUCUUCCUCGAAGAAUCUGGUACCCCAUCACAGUUCCGCUUCACUCCCCUGCUAGCCAACGAGUUUCCCGAGACUUUUGUCGCCGGAAGUGAUUCGUACCAAGCGCCUGUUCUCAAUCCCACAUUCGAAUGCGAAGUCAUUAUCGACGAGGGAAGCGAUACGCUACAACUACUUACACCUUUCGAGCCACGGAGGAAUGGCCACAACAUGCUUCUAGGAGCCACGAACAGUUUCCUUCCAGAGGCAACAUUCCUCAAAAUGGUUGGCAAGGCAAGAGAUCCAACAGAUGGCAAAGUCAAAUUUGUUCACGAGGCAGCUCGAUCAAUGAAGAAUGCAAACAUCGAGUGGUGCAUCAUCGGCGACAAUAACUACGGCGAAGGAAGCUCACGAGAGCAUGCUGCACUGGAACCUAGAUUCUUGGGAGGUGUUGCUGUCAUAGCCAAAAGCUUUGCUCGAAUUCACGAGACGAAUCUCAAGAAGCAAGGGAUGUUUCCUCUGACGUUCAAAGAUCCAGCAGAUUACGACAGAAUAAAAUAA